AUGGCUCUCGACUCCAUCAUCGUACGUGACCCCACCAUCUUACCAGUUUCAGCCGCGCACAGCUGUCAGCGCUGUCAGCCGACGGCAGCGUUCGGGCGAGGGCGAUCGAACAAAGACCCGCGGGAAAGCGGUCGUUCCUGCCUUCGGCCUGCCCGGGUUGCGCCUGCGAUGACGGUGCGAGCCAGACCGCUGGAAUGAAAACUGACGCCGAGCUUUGCGCAACCCGACCUCCACCAUUCCCCCACGUCGUAUGAACCAUCUCGCAUGUUCACCUUCGUAUGACCUAUGACAGAAACGCGGUCACCCCGUAAGCACUCCUCUUCUCCUUGUCCAACACCGAGCGAGUCUCCCGAGUGUCCCGUGGCUGACAAGGCACCCCCUUAUGCGCGGCCUGUCCCAGAUCGUGUUCGGCCUGAUGGUCUUCUUCUCCUUCGCCGAGAUGAUCCAAACGGCCGUCUUGGUCGGAUCUUAUAACCGCAAGGACGACUACCCGUCCAGUUUGCUCAAGGGAUCGUGAGCCAUGACGGGCGGCAGUUCGAUGUCGUCAGACCUCUCGAACGGGGUGGGCGGGCUUGAAUCGCAGAGGAUGAUGGCUAAUAACAAGCACCCGCUUGCUCUCUUUCUGCCCAAUGUCAGGACCCGCUUCUUGCUCUUCACCUCGCUCUGGACCUUGUUCUUCGGUAUCGCUUACAUCGUUGGUAAGUGCGCCGUGCGGCCCCUCGGGUCGGGUCAUUUAUUUCGGCCCAGGGCAGUCCAGCUUGUCACGGGAACCAUUCUUCACUCUGACAUUCGGUCUUCCUACAGGUGUUGUCAGGUCGUCGAGUUCUUUCCUCUUCUCGAUCGCGUCGCAUGGUGCUUGGCUCGCGUUGACCUGGCUCUUCUGGCUCGCCGGAUCGGCCGCUGUCACGGACGGUUUCCGCAAGCUCGGUGACUGCGGGGCCCGUCGCCUUGGUCACUGCGGCCAGCUCCAAUCUGCCGAAGCUUUCGGGUGGAUCAACUGGAUCCUCAGCACGAUUGCUCUCGCUGCCAUCGUCGUCGUUGGCGCCCGAUCGGCUCGAUCCGGAAACGGGUUCGGCGGUGCACUCAGUGCCUAA